AUGACCGGACCUCGAGUAGCGGGGAUUAUAUCCAGUUGCAACGCAUAUGGUGUGGCCCAGGAUGGUGAUCGGUGUGCGGUGUUCGCCACUCGCAACAAGAUCACGGUUUACCAGCUUUGUGAGGAAUUUCCCGCUUUUAAUAUGGAUUUUCACCUUGAUAUUAACCAUUUACAUAUAUAA